CCACCAGCCUCCCCUGAGACAGCACUGCCGCGAGGGACGAUACAGAGUGGAUCGAGAGGCCGCGUUCGCUGCUGGUGGAAGCACACACACACACGCGGAAGGGGAGAGAGAGAGAGAGUGAGAGAGACGCGCUGCGGGACGAAAGGGCCGUUGUAGGGAGAGAGAUCGACAGCUGAAAAAGAAGAGUGGGCCAUCCUGAGAAAACACGUGUGUUCCGUUCGGCUGGUACUACAGCAGCAGCAGCGUAUACUUUCUAUAGGUCGCGUGAGGAAGCCGUCAGGGGAAGGCGCUGACCCACGAGACGAAGGUUUAUGUCGCUGGUAGACGCGCCGUCGUCUCCUCCUCGUCCUCUACCGGCGAGCUCGCCAGAACCGAUUGUUGUUGGUGGCGCCGCUGCUGCCGACGAUCCCAAUCAGAUCAUCGAGACAAGCGUUCCGGUCGCGUCCACCACGAAGACAUUGACUCCGGCCCCGAACGGAAAGACUCCAACGCCCUUGCCCGUUAGGCAACGCGUCGAACAGCCGGUAGCGGAGCCGUCUCCAUCGAUGGCGCCGCCCGCCGCAUCAAGCACACCCUCCACCCCCGCAGAGUCAGAGGCCGCGCGCCUCACCGCCAACCCAGAACCCGUACCAGCCGCGGUAGAUACCGGUUCCGCCGGAACGGGUGAGGAGGUUGACAGUCCUGCGGACGCGCUGGGCAGCAUGAGCGAGUUGAACGAAGCGCUGCCGACAGCGACGACAACGACAGAGGGGGUAGCGGGUGGUGAUGCCGUAGAAGCUGCGCCGCCGCCGCCGGCCGCGGCGGGGGUCGAGCAGGCAGAAGGAGAAGACGGUGACGCAGCAUCUGUGGGGGAAGAGGCAUCGACGAACAGCCUGAAGGACGACCCGGGAACGCCGGAGGAGUGCAACCUCUUCGUCGGCGACCUGGCGAGAAACCUCACGGAGGAGAAGCUCGAGAAGGCCUUCGAACAACACGGGAGGGUGAUGUCGGUGUCGAUCAAGCGCGAUCGGGCCACCGGCAAGAACCUCGGGUACGGCUUUGUCAAGCUGUCCUCUCACCAGGAGGCGAGAGCUGCCAAAGAGGCCAUGCAGGGCGUCGAACUGGGCGGACGACGCGUGCGAGUGGGCUGGGCGCAGAAGAACACGUCUCUGUACGUCGGCGGACUGGAGGGCGGCGCGAUCACCACCGAGAUGCUCGUCCGCGAGUUCGCCCGCUUCGGUCCCCUCGACAAGGAGCUCACCACUAUCAAACCCGGGGCGAAGUUCGGGUUCGUGAAGUACCGCUACCGCCUCCAUGCCGAGGCGGCGAAGAAGGAGCUCAACGAGCGCCCGGCCUUCGAUGGCCUCUGCCCAAGUCUUGAAAUUGAGUGGAACAGCGUCGAGUCCAGUGCUCAGGCCUCCGAGACGGCCGGGUCGGAAAAGAGCACCGCCGAAGAUCGGACUACCGGCGGCGGCGGCGGCGGCGGCGGCGGCGGCGGCAAAGGGGGAGGGACAGGAGGGCGAGCAAGGGGGUCGUCGCAGCACGCCGGGGGUGGGGGGGGGGCACACUCCCGUCACCCCCGCGGGGAGGUCUCUAGCCACACCGUCCACGUGCAGUUCGAGGGCGACCAGGGCCACGUGUCCGCCGUCAACGAGGUGAUGAUCAGAAAGUGCUUCACCAAGUGGGAGCCCGUGGUGGACAUCGUCAUCCCCGCGAGCCGGUUCAACGGCGUGUCCCCCGGCCCACGGCAGCUCCCGAGAUGUUGGGCCUUCGUCCACUUCCCGCCUACCCCGGACGGGGAGCGCGCGGCGGCGAACGCCAUCAAGGACCUCAAUGGCACCACCAUCUCGGAGCUCAGGGUGCACUGCACCAUGAGCCGCGGCGGCGGCACCAGCGCCGGUAGCCCCUGGAGCAAGCAGGGCGGUGGCGGCGGUGGCGGCAACAGAUCGAGGAGGCACAGCACUGGUGGAGGCGGUGGAGACCGAGCCAUGAGCCACGCUGGCGGCGGACAAGGCUUCGGCGGUAGGCCGUCGAGGUCUUCCCUCGAUGGCCCAGGGGCACCGCAAGGGCGGAGCGGCGGAUGGGGUGGACAUGCUGGCAUGAACCGGCACAACAUGCAGCGGAUGCACCACCAGCAGCAGCAGGGCAGCCACCUUGCCCACGGCGGUGCCGGCGGCCAUCACCUCCCGGGCGCCUUCCCCCCGCACAUGCAGCACCCCCACCCCCACCACCUCCACCCCCACCCCCACGCCGGAGGCGGUCCUCUCCAGCACCAGCAGGCCCCGCAGCUUCACUUACCGCCGCUGUUCGCCACCGGAUACACGGUGGCGACGGCGUCGGCGACCGGCGUAGGCCCUCCGCUUUCCAUCGGUGCUGCGGGGCAGUAUCCGGCGGCGGCGGCGGUGCCGCCGCCACCCGGUGGUGCCGGCGGCGGCCCGGACGGAGGUACCAGCGCAGCGGCGGCGGGCACAGCCGGCACUGCUAGUGGUGCCGGUGCCGGUGCCGCGGCUGGCGGCGGGGGCGGCGGGGGCGGCGGGGGCGGCGGGGGCGGCGGGGGCGGCGGGACCGACAUGAUGGUCCAGACGCACUACGGCAUGGCUGCUGCGUACCCCCCGUACACGAUGUCAUUCCAGGGGGUCCCGUACGCGCCGGCGCAGCAGGGGUAUCCGGCUAGAGCCACUGUUGCUUCCGCACAGAGGCAGCAGCAACCGCCGCCGCCGCCGCCGCCGCAGCAGCAGCAGCAGCACAUGGGCAUGCAACAACACGCGAUGAUCAUGGCGGGACAAGGGCCGCAGAACCCGAUGGGGGGCGGUGGCGCCGCCGCCGGUGGCCUCAACGUUGGCGUCCCGCCGUAUAUGCCGCAGAUGUACCAGCUUCCCCAGCAGCAGCACAUGCCCAGCGGCGGCGCGGCGGCUGGCGAGCAGCAGCAGGGCGGCCCUGCGGUGAUGGACCCGACGACUACUACCGUAGGCGGCGGUGGGGUGGUCGAAGUCAACAAGAAGCAGCAGCACGGGGGCGGCCUCCAGUAAGAAGAUAAAGGGGGGGGGCAAAGAACAAAAAACCGACACUGUGAAUGCCACCUCAGACUGUCGUAGAUUGUGAUGUCAGAUGACCUGUUGGAGAUCUACCUGGGGGGUGUUGCCUCAGAUAGCGUCAGUGUAGGUUGGAUGCUGAACCUUGCUUCAACACAAGGUUGCUCCCCACCUGACACACAGCACAACUAUCCAUGCUCGUCAGCCUCUCUACCAGAGGUUGAACCGGUGUGUAUCCACACCACGCAUCCCAAAGGGAACUUGCGGACACGUGAACCUUGAGACAACCGUCUCAUAUUGGUGUCAGCGGCAGGAUACACACGGAUUAUCUUCUUUUCGUUUCUCCUUUUUGCUUUUUGCUUUUAUUUGUGGUGUAGGAUUGCGUGUGAGAUUAUGCUGUUGUAUUUUGCUUAGCGCGAUCUGUUUCUUUUUUAACGUGGUAAGAAUAGCAUCCGAUUGGUAGGUUGUCUCUUUUCCCCCCUGGAGAGCGACUGAGAGAGAGAAAAAGAGUUCCCGAAAAGCAGUCGGUUGUAAAGUAGGCAGUCAUUCGAGUCUAACAUGUUUGUGCUGGAGGUACGGGGGGCGAAGGCACCCCGAAAGAAUUGAAAAGUGUGCUGUCAAACCAGAUAGUCUUUCCCGCGUGCGUAUGACGCACGUGCUCGCCUGAAGACCACCGGAGCACGAAAUAGGGAAGUCGGGAUACGGGGGGGAGGGGCAGGGGUAGGGGAUUAAUAAUAACGAAACGAUGUUUACACCGCCGUUGUAAAUAUUGCAGUAGUGCACUAGUCUACAGGGGAUGUGUUGUCGAUCAUCAUGCAACGUUUCUUUUGUUCCUUCUGGCUUGUUCGGGUGUGGCUUUUUGGUGCGACUUACGGCCAACAAUGCAGCGAGAGAAGAGAGAGAACGAGCUAACGCCAAGCAUGUGAUGGGGCGGCAACGGCAAUGGGAAGAAGUAGGAGUUACCAGCGAGCAGUUAGUCGUCAGUCUAGCGGUGUUCGCAAGAAACUNGGGGGGGGGGGGAAUAACUUGGCGUCGUUACAGGGAUAGAGGGACCCAGCCACCCAGCACCAGACCUCGGCAAUGAUACACGCAUGGCACGUACGUCAGUACUGCACAAACUGUCUCCCGCGCAAGGGUUUGAUUAUUCCAUGUGGCGCUUUGUGUGUUGUGUGUGUGUUGGUGAUCCUUGCUCGGGCCGCAGCAGCACAGUAGCAGCUGCAGCAGGCGUGUAAAGUUGCAGGGGAGGAGGAGGGCAGUAUGAUGGGCACGCGUACAUGUCGAGUGUGGUGGUGUCUGGUAAUGUAGGGUUUGGAUGUCGUGUGAGUGGCAUAGUCUUCCGUGUCUGUCAGGUGGCGCGCACGCUGUCGGCGGUGGUGUGUGCAAAUCCCCGUCUCGUCGACUAGUGGUGGCGAUGAUUGAUUUCGAUCGCGGCGAGGUGGUUGCAGCAUAGCGCACCUCCACGCGAUGGAGCACGCCUCUCAACCGAUGGUUAAGCACGUGCAUUGUAGUGGUAGUAGGCGUUUUGUCACCGAGCGGGGGGCGGCGGCAGAAGGUGACGUGUAUAACUAGUACUUUACGCAGGGCGAUGCCAUGGUAUUGUUGGGUGCGCCCUUGUUUCUUUUCUCGGAAUAACGCUGUGGGUGUGAUUUGAUGCAUCAUCUUCCAUCAUCCCGGCAUUGUGGAGAGCCUAUCUGCUGCAAGGUUCUAUAGCAGCAGUAGCAGCAGCAGCAGCAGCAGCAGAUCGGGGGGCAAAGAAGUGAUGUGGUCGUGUGGGUGCGUUUUUUUUUUGGCGCAAGGCUAGCAGACGAGUUCCUGGUACAGCAUAUCGUUGAAGCAGCGCAUCCGCCGGUGGUGGCACUGCCACCUCCCCCCACCCCCACCCCUCCUGGUCCCCUCUCGCACUUGCUGCUGCAAUUUCUGCCGCCUGACUUGGUGUUGUUGGCUUCGUGCGUUCGCGGAAAGGAGGUGCUUUUCCUCUUUUGAUUACCCCACCCACCCCUUCUCGUCUUGACUUAAUCCUGGUGUUUUUUUCGUGAGUUUCGCCGCCCCACACCUACAUAGUCACGGAAGGAAUAGAGGGCCAGCAGUGCGGGGGGGGGGUAUUCGAGGAGGAUAGCGUCCUUCGCAUCUGUACUUUUGCUGCCGUCGUCGUCGUGUCGCCUUUCUUUGUCUUCCCCCCUAGCUUAACCCCUUUUGCCAAAAAUAAGCGUGUGAAAAUUUGCUAUUGUGAAUCGUGGAGUUCGAAUUGACACCUUGCGUACCCCCCCCCCCCCCCCCCCCCCCCCCCAGCCCCAAACAUCGUACAAGUGGCACACCCUCAUGAUGUUGUCGGCUGGGUAUCGUUUGUUCGUUGAAGUGUUCCGCGUGUUUACACGGAGGCAGACGGCGAGGCGUGUUGGGGGGGGGGAGAGGUGUGCGUGGCAGCUACAAUCAUCGUUACGUGCUUACUUCUGGUGGUCGUGGAGGGGGGGGGCUAGCUCUGUCUUAACCUAGUUGAGGGAAGUAUUUUACUUUCAAACAGCAGUCAGUGUCACGCGCGGGGUGGUGGGUCAUCGCUGUUACUGAGAGGAGGGAUGGAUUUUGGGGUCGAGGUGGUCUCACCCCUCAUCUCUUUCCCCCCUCUUCCGAUCUGACCUCCUCCUCCCACCGACCUCGCUGCUUCGCGUUGUUAGUCGUAAAAAUAAUUAAUUGUAGUUGUGGUUGUUGUUGUUGGAUCCUCGUCCUGUCUUGCAUGACAAGUCGUCUCGUCUGUCGGCAUUUUGGCCGUCCAUCGGUGGUCGGUUCGUUCUGCUGCGGUCUUCUUCCUGUUGUAGUCGCCUGCUGCCCGCAAGGGACAGCAAUCAAUGCGCACGACAUAAUACAAAGCGACAACGGAACACGACGAACGCAAGUGUAUCAUAUCAAGCUUGGAGUCCAACAACAACACGGGAUUCUCCG